UUACUCGUCUACGCCAGGUGUUACAACAUGAUAAAUCACGUACAAUACCCAAGUGCAAGAAUACAAAUGACGUUACAUACCGCGCAUAUAUAGUCAUAAGGUUUUUUUUCAAUCCCAUCAUUCCAAUUUACACCUUUCCACAAUGAAGAUAAUGAAGAGAUUAUUUUUCUUGGUUGUACUAUGUACACCAACGUUUACGGAACAAUUCCCUCCUUAUCCUCCAAGCGGUUGGCGACCUGAAGGUCCUGCAUUCGAAUUACCUAAUUUGCAAAGAAAUUUGCAAUUCAAUCAGAGGCAGGAGAUUCCCCAACAGGGCUACAGCCCCGUUACCUCUUUUGCCCUUCAAAAUCCUUACGAAGUUUAUGGCUCAGCUAAAAUUCAAACAACCGCAUCGAAUGUUGGAGAAAGCUAUCGUACCCAACAAGAAGGAUUUCAUCAGUUAACACCGAAAAUUCACGUCAAACAACCAUUCAAAUCUCCCCAUGAAAUAAAUAAUGACAGAAAUGAAUUAAUAGAACAAGAAAUGAGAUCAAGACAAAAUUCGAAACUUUUAAACGUUAACAAUUAUUUACCAAGCCCAGAAAAUUUUCCAAUUCAACGAAAUAAUAAUGAUUUACCAAAUAUUGAUAUUAGAAGUGGAUCAGAACAAAAUAAGAAUAAAGAUAGCAAUCCCAACAUUCGAACUGAAUUAAUUCCCAAUUUUCCAGAAUACAAUCCCAAUAUAACUCACGUAGAGGAUAGAGGAAAUCGACAUACACCUAGAUUUAACGAAAAUAAUAUCAAUCCUAAAAGAAAUAACACUCAAAGCGAAGUGGAUAAUAAUAACAAUAAUAAUGACGAAUUUGGGAAAAGAAUUCGAACGAGAAAAGUUAAAGUUAUCCGCAGAAAUAGAAAACCGUCAAGGGAAAGAGAAAAUUAAAUAAAAUGAUUUUUGUACAUAAUAUAAAU